AUGGAGCCGCUGAGUGCUUUGAGAUGCUUCGUCUGCCAAUGUGUCGGAGAGGACGCAUGGAAAUUGAGCUCCAAGGGACUUGAUGAGAAGGACAGCAUAAAGAUUAUCGAGCCCUUCGAGGGUGGCUCGAUCCGGGUUGGCACCGACGGCUGGUACCUGGCCGGCUUCAAAGGUCGUUUUCCCGAGGUCUCAAGUGCCUGGGAGAAGCACCCACCAGCAGUGCCGUGUGAAGUCGAGCAGCUUGCUAAGACGAGUGCGGAGCUGGGAAGGUACCUGUACAACGACGUGAAAGUCUGUGUGCAGUGCCUGCGCCCCUGCGCCUACUCCCAGAAAUUGUGUCAGGGCUGCGGUUCACAACUUGAGUCGGUGCCCGUGACGCAGACGGAGAAUGUCCUGAUGGGUUUUGUUUUCGGCGUUGAGCGCACCACGAAGUUCCCACUGACAAUCUCGCUGCGCCGACAGACACCUGAUGUCAUUGUCUAUGACGACUUGCUUGCAAUGUCGUCUUGCCAUUUGAACGCUCUGCCCACGAGCCACUAUGUGCGGGACUGGCGCUGGCUCCUCCGAGAUCCGAAGCCGGCGCUACAAUUGGUUGCAAACCUCAUGAAGGAGGCGUGGGAAGCCACGAAGUCCUUUCUGCACAAUGCAGAAUGGCGCAAUUUCAACUACCGAGACGGUGUGUCUGAGGACCUGAUCCGUGAGAACAUCAUCUGUGGCUUUAACAGCCCACCGUCGCAAAACCAACUUCAUCUUCAAUGGAUUGUUCUGCCUCUGCUGCCUUUUCACCAUCAGAAGCUGCUCGACCGGACCCAUGCGCAAAAGGGGAGGUGGUUCCCGCUGGAAUAUGUACUUCCCGUGCUGCAGCACCUGGAUGAGGCCGGCGAAACCUUUGCUGUGAAUGCCGAGACAUCUACGGAAGAGAUCAUCACCCACUUCAGCCGCAAGGGGAUCGUGUACGAGGACAUUUGGGAAAAAUGCUAUGCGAAGUACUGUGACAGCGCAGCUCUGGCGAACUGGAAGCCGAAGGAUUUCAGCUAUGUCGUCAAGAAGUCAGACGUGCACUCGAUUGCAAGUGUGCACGCAGACCUUGUGGAGCUGGGCAAGAAAGUUGAGAUCAGUCCAGCAACUGUGCAGGCAGAGGACAAGAUGAAGCUUCAGAACUAUGGACGCAAGUACACUGAAAAUGGCCAGCCAGGUGGCACCUACUACAAGCACCACAAGGAGCCCAAGCUGGGUCCUGGCGGAAUUCAAGUCUGGCCAGGGCUUUGA